GAUGAGAUCUUUGUCAGGGCCAAGCAUAGGUUAACGUGUAGAGCAUUCGUUCUUUUGUAUUUCUUUGCUGGAUGGUGUAUGGAGAGCUUUCCAGCAUUUUUAUCGCGUUUGCUGUCAGCGGCCGGUCGGAGGAGCUGCUUUUGAGGUGCUAAUUCGUUCGGUUUCGCUUUCGGGUGUCGAUUUCCGUGAAUGCGAGAACCAGAACCGAACCUGCCGGCAACCAGACCACAACCACAUCAUGGAGACCAGAGGAAAGCCACAGCACAUCCUGCAGCUGAGCGAGGAGCAGAGAGACCGUUUCGUGGGCUCCUUUGAUCGGGUGCUCAGCGACAUCGAUGGCGUUCUUUGGAGCAUGGAAUACACUGUACCGCGGGCCGUUGACGGCUAUGCGGCCUUGCAGCGUGCAGGCAAGGAGGUGUCAUUUGUGACCAACAACAGUGUCCGCACUAUGGAGCAGUGUCUCAGGCAUUUCGAGAAACUGGGCCUCCAAGUGGCCCCCGAACAGGUGUGGCAUCCCGCCCAGUCGAUUGUCCUCUAUUUGCGCGACAUUCAGUUUGAGGGAUUGAUCUACAUCAUUGCCAGUGCCCCGUUCAAGGCGGUGCUCCGGGAGGCGGGCUUCCAGCUGCUGGAUGGCCCCAACGAGUUCAUCGAGGAGAGCUAUCAGAGCCUCGCCAAGACCAUCUUUGACCACCAGCCCGUGCGUGCCGUCAUCAUCGAUGUGGACUUCAAUCUGACAUCGCCCAAGCUGUUGCGCGCCCACAUGUAUCUGAUGCGGAAUCCUGAGUGCCUGCUGAUUGGCGGCGCCACCGAUCGCCUGCUGCCCGUGGCCAAAGGUGUAAACAUCAUCGGUCCGGGGCCCUUUGCCUCCAUCCUGGUCGAGGCCAGCGGCCGGCAGGCCGUCACACUGGGCAAACCAGGACGCGAGCUGGGCGAACUGUUGAUCAAGCACCUGAAGAUAGCGGAACCGCAGCGAGUGCUCAUGGUCGGCGAUAUGCUGGCCCAGGACAUACAAUUUGGUCGUCAGUGCGGCUUCCAGACGCUGCUCGUCCUCAGCGGCGGCUGUUCGCUGGAGCAGCUCCAGGCGGAGACCUCGCCGGACCUGUUGCCCGACUACUAUGCAGAUAGUGUGGCCGAUGUGGCCCAGCUACUGGGCGAGACACCCAAGGCUCAUGUGUAGUUCUCUCUCCACCUUUACUCUGUUUUUCAUAAUUUUACGAACGGGGGUAAUGGGCGCUUGUUAAUCAGCGGACAACAUCAUACUUUAAUCGUUAUCUGAAAUAUAUUUGGCACUAAACAUAA